CAACAAAACUCCAACAUCAAGAAGCUCCGAUCCCGGCAUCUAGAGCGGCCACAGCAACAGCAGCAAAGGCAAUGGAUCCGCACGGGGAAAAGGAGGAGAACAACUGCCAAGAAUCGGCUUCGGCGGCGGAUCAGCGCGAAGAGACUGCGGCGGCGGAGGGCGAGGACACGUCGUCCGAGGAAUCCAUGGAUCAGCGCGAGGAGGACGGGUAUAAAGCCGACGAUUCGACGGGCCUGCUCGAGGACGACGUGGUGGGCUCUGAAGCAGCCUCGCCGCCGCCACCCUUUGCGCACCCGUGGUCGCUGCUCCGCGCCUGCGCUGGCUGCCUGGGCCUGCUCGGCUGUUGCCGUGACCAGAAGCCGUCGGCUGCCGUUGCUGCUGCAACUGAAGCCGCCACAGUGACGGCGGCGCAGGCGAGAUCGUCCGAAGAAAAAGAGUCCGGCGGCGAGGAGGCGGCGAAGGAUAACGGUUUCUACAUGCAGGAGGUGAUCACCCGCGUGUGGGCGGUGGCGGUGAGGACGCCGCGGCCACCGGACCACGCGAGAGAAGGGAGCGGUGGUCAUGGAGGCGCACACCACUAGGACUCUGACUCGCGCAUGGGUUUUCUACAUGCAUCUAUCUUGGCUCACGGCGACUGCGUUGCGCCUGCAUAAAAGUAUUUUGCCCGUCAGAGAUGCAUGAGAGAUCUACGGCUGUCUAUAGCACGCCUUCAAACUUGGUACAAAUGUGCCUGUGCUUGUGGCUCUGAAGUCUGAUGUGCAAUUUACGUAGGCUUCUCUGAUGUGAACUUCAAACAAGACUAUUCGAAGUAGUGAUUUGUGGUACGGUGUUUAAGACGUUAUUAUUAUAUAAGCUGCAGCACCCAG